CUUCCAUCAUCCUCUUCGGCUUCUCCUUGGAUAACACCGUCUCCGAGGACUUCGGUGACCAGUCUAGAACUUGGUCGUGAAGGAGGCAGGAUCUGACCCGGUAGUGAGUUUAACGUGGUAGAAUAGGAGACAAGAAGAUUUCCACCGGAGAACUUUGGAUUUCGAUCUGUUCUGUCGGAAAUACUUCAUGAGCUGUUCGCGGAAGUAAGGCUUUAUUCAAACGAGAGAUCACAGAACCGACCAACAUGACGAGCCUAAUUCGCCUGGUGGUCAGCAACUACAAUGAAAUCGAGGAGAUCAACAAAGAGAUCAUGGUGGAGUCCUGGCCUAUGAUGAGCUCGCCUGGACCAAUGUUAUGCAUUGUGGGAACGUAUUUAGCGUUCGUCUUAAAGAUCGGGCCGAAAAUGCUGGAGAACAGACCGGCCUACCAAUUGAAUGGGCCGUUGAUCGCUUAUAACGCCUUUCAAGUCAUCUUCAGUAUAUGGUUGACGAUUAGGGCAUUGGACCCGAGCAUAGUGCGAGUAAUUCUGUCCCCCAAGUGCAACAAUUCGAGCCGGUCUCUCACGGACAUAGAUGUACAAGCUACGAUAUCUGCAACAGCCUGGUGGUACCAUAUUGCAAAGAUGAGCGAACUUCUCGACACUGUGUUCUUUGUGCUCCGGAAGAAGCAAAAUCAGGUCAGCUUUUUGCACGUCUAUCAUCACACGAUGACAGCGGUGUUCUCGUGGUGUUACGUUCGAUUCUUGCCCGGUGAGCAGGGUGCUCUUCUUGGGCUACUCAACUCGUUCGUGCACAUCAUUAUGUACGCGUAUUAUUUAAUCGCGGCUCUUGGCCCACAAUACAGGAAAUACUUAUGGUGGAAGAAGUACAUCACCUGGAUCCAGCUGAUUCAAUUCAUCAUAAUGCUUGGCUAUCUGAUGAUGACACUUGCGAUGGACUGCAAAGUGCCGAAGGCUCUCACUUAUUUCUUCAUGACGAACGUGAUAAUUUUCAUUUACCUGUUCAGCGACUUCUACAGGAAAGCGUACAAGAAGAAAGAACUCUAAUAACCGGCCGGUUUAACCGUAGCCGAACAUCAACGCGAUGUCACUGUCAAUUGUCAUUAGUAUCACAUUCGAGUGAUCGAUCGCCGAUGGUGUAGAAGGAAAUGGGAUCAAAAGUAAAUCGAACGAGAAAGGGUAACUCGACGAAGAUGUGGUACGUGAAGGGACAAUUAUGGGUAGCAGGGAACACGAUCGAAACGGUUAACGAACCCAAUUAAGGAAACGGACCUAGUGUGAUUCGAACGGAGAAAGAAGAUUUCGUGAAGAGUGUGGUAACUUUCUCCUCUGGAAUCGAGGCCAAUAGGUCCAUAGGCGUGAUCCGUUGUUCAAAGAGACGCCGAGGAAGAAGAGAUCGAUGCCUGUGAAAAAAGGACGCUGCGGAGCGUUGACCAAACCCAAAUCCCCCGGAGGCUCUUGCUGUCGGGCCAAGUGGGUUUACGACCCAAAAAGAAGCCAGAGUGGAGGGGGAAGUACCCCACUCGGGAAUUACCACGCGCCACUGAACAAACGGUAACUGCUUUUUAUACAUGGGACAGCAGACUCUAGGUUACCUGUCGCCUCGACACCGGCCGAAAGUCUGAAUAACGUGACUGUUGAUAAAGAACCCGCUUCACAGGAUUGUUCUUAACCUUUUCCUUCGUUCGAUUGGACGUGUUGCCGAACUGAUGAUAGCAAUA